GGACUUGUUCUUGUACGUCAGGUUCACUUUUCCUCGUGCCGCAUUGUCCUUAAAAAAUAACCAUUAAUGGAGGCGGCAGAGGCAGGGCCAGUAGGAGUUCUUCUGCUAUGGAUUUGCCUAUUGCUUGCUUGCUCAUAUAUAAUAUACGUACAUACACAUACAUAAUAUAGCUUUUCCUUUUUCCUCCUCUAUAUGUCUGUCAUAUGCUUUUCACUUCCCUGCCAUAUAUAUUCGAUAUUGGUUUCCUUCUCUACCAAUCUCUCUCCGCUUCUUGCAUGCUUUAAAAAAAGAGCACACAGACACAAACACACACUCAAAAAAACACAGAUUAACUGAUACCAUUCGCGCUGCCCAUUGACCCGCCAGCCGCACCCCGCAAGCAAUCGCCCUUGUCAUGGAGCUUUGUGCAUGACUGACACGGCUGCUCAUGUCCCCCGUGGUAAAAGAAUCAACUUUGUGCUUGCGGCAGUAACUGACAGUUUGUCCGAAUUUGGUCGUCGUUCUUGCUUGCUGCCUUGUGAUUUUGGAGUGGGCUGUGAUUCGGGGCUUCGAUUCAGUUCAGAGGAUAUGGCUUCUUCCAAAGGGUUGAAGAAGAGAAGGAAAACGGAGAAGAAGGCGGAAGCGAUUGGUUCUGAUUCCGGGUCGUCGUCUCAGCCUGUGGAUUGGUGGGAUGAGUUCUGCAGAAGAGUUAAUGAUGAUUGUUCGCCACCAAAAGUUCUGGACACUUUUGAAUCUGCCUUCAGAAUAUCCCGAAAAACCUUUGGCUACAUAUGCUCACUCAUCAAGGAAGAUUUUGCUGCCAAGCCUGGGAACUUCGUGUUCAAGGAUGGUACCCUCCUGUCCCUAUAUGAUCAAGUCGCUAUAUCUCUCAGAAGGCUGGGCUCAGGCGAAUCACUUGGUGCGAUUGGUGAUUCCUUCGGCUUGACUCACUCGAAUGUGGCGCAGAUCACGUGGCGAUUUGUCGAAGCAAUGGAGAAACGGGCCCUCCACCACCUCCAGUGGCCCAACAGUGGGACAGAUACAGACAGAAUAAAGUCCAAGUUCGAGAAACUAUCGGGCCUUCCAAACUGCUGUGGUGCAAUUGAUAUUACCCACAUCUUGAUGAACCUCCGUGCAUCGGACCCCACAAUUAAAUUGUGCCGUGACCAUGCGAAGAAUCAGAGUAUGGUCCUGCAGGCUAUCGUCGGUCCCAAUAUGAGGUUCCUAGACAUUGUCACGGGGUGGCCAGGGAAAAUGAGUGAAUCAUCGAUUUUUCAGAAUUCGAACUUCUAUCGACUAUGCAAAGAAGGAAAGAGGCUAAAUGAGAAGAUAGGGGAAUAUAUAGUUGGGGAUUCGGGGUACCCUUUGCUUCCCUUUCUCAUCACCCCGUACGAGGGGACUGAGCUUUCAGAGUCAAGCAUCAAGUUCAACAAGCGGCAUCUUGAGGUGGCACUUGUGGCACAGAGAGCUCUAAAAAGGUUGAAAGACAACUGGGGGAUUAUUCGGGGAGUAAUGUGGAGACCUGACAGACACAAGUUGCCAAGGAUAAUCCUCGUAUGUUGUCUGCUGCACAACAUUGCUAUUGACUUGGAAGAUGAAGUUCAAAUAGAACUGCCUGCAUGUAGCUCCAAUCAUGAUCCAGGAUAUCGACAGCAAGUAAGUCGAGUCAGUGAUCCCAGAGGUGUAUGUCUUAGAGAUAAACUAAUUCUAGAGUUGUCAGCAAAUAGUCGGGCUUGAUUAUUAUUUUCAAAAAUUCCAUUGAUUGGUUGAACUGUGAGUAGUUUCAUAAAUUUUUAGUUUCGAGAUAACUGUAAGUACUUUGAAAGGAUGAAGUUGAAUUUUCUUGGCAUGAUGAGACGAUCA